UCUAUGAUUGGGAAGGAAGUGUAAGAGAAGAAUAAAGGUUGACUGAGAAUAAAGAAAAAAUUCUUAAUAGUUUAUUUUCUAUCGUAACCUUUUUCAUUCCGUUGAAUCGAACAUAACGAGUUUAGUUGGUUGCAAUCAACAAAAAGAAGAAUGUCAAUUUUAAGGUUAAGGUCAACUCAAUUUUGCAUUUUCUGUAUUGUGAAAAAUUCUCAAACUUGGUUAUCAGCCUGGUACCAUAACAAUUAAUACACUUAUCAAAGGUCUUUGUCUUAAUGGUAAUGUUAUGAAAGCAUUGCACUUUCAUGAUGAUGUUAUUGCUAAGGGAUUUCACCUUAAUCAAGUUAGUUAUGGGACCUUGAUCAACGGAUUAUGUAAAAUAGGUGAAACAAGAGCUGCCAUGAAAUUGCUCAGAAAGAUUGAAGGGUUAUCGGUUAAGCCAGAUGUCGUAAUGUACAACACAAUCAUUGAUAGUCUGUGCAAGGAUAAACUCGUAAUUGAUGCAUGUGAUUUAUAUUUUGAAAUGAUUGUCAAGAAAAUUUAUCCUAAUGUUGUCACUUACAGUACUUUAAUAUAUGGAUUUUGCAUUGUGGGUCGAUUGAAAGAAGCAGUUGGUAUGAUAAAUGAAAUGACGUUGAAAAACAUCAACCCAGAUGUUUAUACUUUUAGUAUAUUGGUCGAUGGUUUUUGUAAGGAAGGAGAGGUUAAACAGGCUAAAAGUGUGUUAGCUAUGAUGAUAAAAGAAGAUAUGAAACCCAAUGUUGUUACUUAUAAUUCUUUAAUGGAUGGUUAUUUCUUACAUGAUGAAGUAAACAAGGCCAAAUAUGUAUUCCACAUCAUGAUCCGAAAGGGAGUGACUCCUGAUGUUCGUAGCUACAAUAUUAUGAUUAAUGGAUUAUGUAAGAAUAAAAUGGUGGAUGAAGCCAUGUAUCUUUUUAAAGAAAUACCUUUCAAAAAUAUUGCGCCUAAUACUAUAACAUACAGUUCCCUCAUCGACGGACUUUGCAAAUCAGGGAGAAUCUCUGAAGUUUGGGAUCUUUUAGAUGAGAUGCAUGAUAGAGGUCAACCUGCUGACAUUAUCACUUACAAUUCCAUAUUAGAUGCUUUGUGCAAAAACAAUCAUGUUGACAAGGCUAUUGCAUUAUUGACGAAAAUCAAAGACCAGGGAAUUCAGCUAAAUAUGUGUACAUACACAAUACUUGUUGAUGGACUAUGCAAAAGUGGAAGGCUUAAAGAUGCACAAAAGGUUUAUGAAGAUCUUCUGAUUAAGGGAUAUCAUUUUGAUGUUAGGAUGUAUACUGUUAUGAUUAAAGGGCUUUGUAAAGAGGGCUUACUUGAUGAAGCAUUAUCCUUUCUAUCAAAAAUGGAAGACAAUGGUUGCAUUCCUGACGCUGUAACUUACGACAUUAUCAUUCGUUGUUUGUUUGAAAACAACAAGAAUGAUAAGGCAGUAAAACUUCUUCAAGAAAUGGUUGUUAGAGGUCUAAUGUAAAAGUAAAACUAGAUGAGAUGCUUUCUAGUUUAAAUUUGUUAUUUGAAUUUUUGAAUAUGAUCAUCUAAUUUUUAUUUUCUUUUCAUAGUUAUAAAAGAGGAUUAGUGGAGAUGGUCACUAUUAUGUUUGUUUUGAUUAGAAGUUGAACAUUGCUAGUUUCUUGGUCCAAUGACAGAAGCAACCAGCACAUGAAGCCUCUUGGAAGAUAUCUUUAGUUUACAUGCAAGAUUGUGGUUGGGGGAGGCAUUGGUCUAAAUGUGUACACUGGGAGAAAGAGGAAGAUAUUAAGUGAGAGUUACUACUCUAAGAAAGGCUCUAGUUGAGAUAUAAAUAGAAGGGCUCUAAAAAGAGGGGUACGUUUUGAUUCAUUGCAAUGAAAUUGAUUUUUCAGGUCUACAAGGAAGAUAUUCCUUUGGCAGAGCUUGCUCUAAAUACCAUGAAUCAUCCACUUAGCUCAUUUCAACUUGAGUUUGAAAUUGAAAGUAGAAAAGUGACAAUAGAUAAUGUAAGAGAGCUGAUUAUCAAGAGGUAUGAAUGACCAUAUAUUUCAAUGAAUUUAUGCAAUUUAUUGUCUUCUCCAUUCUAUCAAUAUCUCAAACACAGCUAAUUUUAAGAUAUUUGGUGGUUUUA